UAGAUUACCAACAACAAUGGCACGUGCUGCGUAAACAUAUGCUAUUGAUUUCUGCGCGCGUUCCUCAGGAUAGAAAAUACAUAAUGCUUUUUAAUUUAGCUGUUUUUAUAGACGUUACGAUCUUCACUGUACUCUUGAUCACUGUGUUUUGAUGGGGGUGUGAAGGCUCAUCUCCCUCAAGACUUAUUUUUUCAAGCUCGAGAAUGAAUUUCGACCAGUUGCUGGUCACAGUCGGUGGCUUUGGGAGAUACCAGAAGCUUUUGUAUGUGUGGAUAUGUUUACCGCAGAUCUUUCUCGCAUUCCACAUGAUGGCGAGCGUCUUCACAGGCGCGACGCCACCCCACUAUUGUCGGGGUUCGAGGAUGGACGAGGACUGGUCGCUUACCGCCUUCAACCUUUCAAAUGUGAACAUGAGCAUCUCUCUUCUGCCGGGGCACGCGGACUCGUGCACGGUAGUUUCAGGAGAGAACCGUAGUGCACGCUCCAGUUGUGAGAGAGGAUGGGUGUACAACCAUGAGAUCUUCCACAGCACCACUGUCAGUGAGUGGGAUCUGGUGUGUGAGAAGGCAGGUCUGAACAGUCUGAGCUCAUCUGUCUAUAUGCUGGGGCUGCUGGUAGGAGCUGUAGUGUUUGGAGCGAUGGCAGACAGGUAUGGGAGGAGGUUUGCCAUGCUCUUGUCUUUAGCGCUUCAGACAGUGUUUGGUGUGGCCGCUGCCUUCGCUCCAAACUUUCCCGUUUAUGUCACCCUGCGCUUCAUCAUAGGAAUUACAGUGUCGGGUGUGAUAAUCAAUGCAUUUGUGCUAGGCACAGAGUGGACCUGCACACAGAGACGGAUGCUGGCCGGCAUCUUCACCGACUACUUCUUCGGCUUUGGCUACAUGCUGCUGGCGGGUGUAGCCUAUCUCAUCAGAGACUGGAGGAAGCUGCAGCUUGCCAUCUCUGCACCAGGCUUUCUCUUCAUAUUCUAUAUCUGGGUUCUUCCACAUUCAGCCCGUUGGCUGCUGGUGAAUAACCGAAAGGAAGAGGCGAUCGAUCUCCUGCGUAAGGCGGCUGCGGUCAAUGGCCGCACCUUACCUCCCUCUGUUCAGGUGGAGCAAUACGAGGGCCCGCAGGGACGCAGUCAGUAUACAGCUGUCGAUCUGCUCCGAACUCCCCAGAUGAGGAGGAGAACGCUCAUACUCUUCUACAUCUGGUUUGUUAAUGUGUUGGUGUAUUAUGGUCUGUCUCUGGGUGUGUCUGACCUUGGAUCAGACCUUUACUUCACUCAGUUCAUGUUUGGAUUGGUGGAAAUUCCCGCAAGGUCACUGGUGUUGGUUCUCCUGCCCUGCAGUCGACGAAUCCCGCUGAGUGUGUUCCUGGCUGUGGGAGGCGGCGCAUGUCUGCUUACCCUCACUGUCCCAGCAGACAGUGCUCAUAUCCGAACUGGUUUGGCCAUGGUGGGGAAAUUUGGAAUUACAGCGUCUUUUGCCAUCAUCUAUAUUUAUUCUGCAGAACUUUUUCCAACUGUUCUCAGGCAAACAGGUAUUGGUGUUUCCUCGAUGUUCGCACGGAUGGGUGGAGUUUUAGCGCCACUAAUAAACCUGCUUGGACGCCACACACCUGUUGUGCCAAUGGUGAUAUUUGGCACCACCCCUCUGCUUGCUGCAGUGUUUGCCCUAGCACUGCCUGAGACUGCCAAUCAACCACUACCAGACAGCAUUUAUGAUACAGAGAAUUUCUUCUCUUUUUCCUCCUUUAGAUCUACUCUGAAAUAUGACAGACAAAUUCCUGUCCACACCAGCCAAUCACCAAGCAGCACAGAAGGACAGGAACUGCAGAGUUUAGCAGAUGAGUCCAGAUAGGCAUGAUACAUGAUCACACACAAACUCUAUGCAGAAUCUCUUUGUAUUGUGUUUUUCAUUAUCAGUCACGCU